UUUCUUAGAUUUCCUACUUAAGUAAUAAAAAAAUUCUUAGCUAAGAAAAAUACUUAAGUAUCAAUUCAUAAAAAAGUUAAGCACUGUUCUUAGCUAAGUACAGUUCUUAGUAAUUUAGAAAACUUAAGUUGAGUCACCCUAGCAACGCAUAGUAUUUCCCAAACUAAAGGUGGAACUCUUGUGCGAUGGAGGUCGUAUUUUUAACAUGUUUUACGUCACAUCUGUCAAAUUUCGCAGACGUAAACAUGGAAAGCCACAAACUCAAACGAAAGCCAAACUGGAGUAGUGAGGAGUCCUUGGCACUCACUACUCUUGUUGAAGAAUACAAGGAUGUUGUGAGAGGGAAACUAAGUCCCCAGUUAACCUCUCAAAUGAAGUCGAAAGCGUGGGGGGAGAUUGCGGUAAAACUUCGUGCUAUGAGUGUUGGGCCAACUCGAACGGCAGCAGAAGUUGAGAAAAAGUGGCACAACAUCUUCUCGAAGACAAAAACGGAGAUUUCCAACCACAGACGUAUAAUUACUGGUACAGGUGGUGGUCCUCCUCCGAAGUCAUUGAGUGCUGUAGCGGAAGUUGUUACUAGUGUAAUUGGGGCAAAUAACACUUGCCUAAUGGGUAUAGAGGGAGGCAUUGAUACGUCCCUGCUAAACCUAGAUAUACUUGGUGAUGAAUCUGUGGGAAUCCAUGUAAUUGAAGGACCUCCAGAUACAGAUCCCCACAUUCUUGGAUCAACUCCCCUAGAAGUAACAUCUGUCCUGGAGUCUUCAUUGCCAUUGGUAACCUCAGGCAAUAGCAGCAGGGACAUUAACCUGAAAAGAAAAAUGGAAGAACUAACUUGCAGGAAGCUGGAACUAGAAGUCCAGUAUUUGGAAAUGAAAAUAAGAAAGCUUAAAAAAGAGGAAUGAACCAUCCUUAGAUUAAGAGACUGAUCAAUAUUUUUGCUGUUGUUUGUCAGCAUCUUCAGGCAGUUCAGAUUCAAGUAUUCAAAUUCAUGGCCACUGUGGUUAGGGUGAGACCAGAGUAGGGGAAACAUUUUAUAUGUGACUAUCAGAAUAUGAUAUAUUUUAAAAACUAUUUUCUCAAUAGAAUCAAAGUUGCAAGCAUUGUCGAAUGUUCAUAUUAGUUCAUUUUGUGAACCCUGAGUGUAGGAUAGGGCCACAAUAAGGGAUCAGAGUUGUACAUGGGAUUAUAUAUUUAAGUUUAAUUUUAAGUCUUUAAAACUCUUCUUAUGCACUGCUAGCUAUGAUUAUAGUCAUGAUGAUAAGCAAGCAUCCUCUGCUAUUGUAUAUUCAGUUUAUUCAAAUCAUGGCUCUAGAGGGUACAGUGGGGCCACAACAAUGGAUCAGAUUUUUACAUGUCAAUAUAUUGGAAACAUUUUUUUAGAAAUCUUUUAAAGAACUGCAGGGCCAUGGUUAUCAUAUCAAUGUAGUAUAGGAAGAGGAGAACAAUUAUAAGAACAACUUAACAGAUAACAACCCAAAAACAAACUGUAACUUUUUUCUUACUGUGUGUUACGAUUUUUUAAUAACUGUAAAUCUUAUAUGACUUUUUAAGGAAAUUUUGCAUAUUCAUAUAAACUGUUAAUUUUUUCAGUUUCCAUAAAGCUUGAUAGUUUGUGACAUUGUUUAUCAAAGAAUUAUUUCAUUCUCAUUACUAUAUUGUUCAAAUCAUGGCCCCCAGGGAUUGGAUGGGGCCACAAUAAGGGAUCAAAGUUUUACAUACUAAUAUGUAGGAUAAAUCUUUAAAAAUCUUCUCAAGAACCACUGAACUAGAAAAGCUGAGAUUUACAUGAAAGCUUCCUGACAUAAUGCGAUGUGGCCCCUGGGCCUCUUGUUUAUAUUUAAAAGCAUUUUAAUUGAUGUACUAUAUGUACAUGUUCUUAUCUCAUCUGAGUGAAAGGUUCAAGUGACCUUUUAAAUCUGAUCAAACUCUGUCCAUUGUCUGUUGGCACACAGUUGGGCCACAUGAAUAGAUCAUUUUUUUAUACAUGGGAAAUAUUUUGUAAAUCUUUUCAAGAACAACAAGGCCAUGGUUAGUAAUAUUAACAAGCAAGCAAUCUAUUGUAGUGCAGAAUCAUAUAACAGCUGUAGGACCAUCAAGGAACCUGGGUUUAAGGGUGGGCUAGAAUCUAUGAUAAAAUUUUACAUAGAACAUGGAUAUAUUAUAAACAAAGAAUAUUUUUUUAAAUCCUCUCCAGCAAGAUCAUUAAAUUCAGUUGUCACCCUCUGGGGCUAUAGGUAUAAACUCUAAUUUACCAUACCAUUUGUAAUACUAUUGAAUAUUAACUACAUGUUUUCUUUCUUUCACAUUAAAUAGACAUGUAAAUAUGAUGCCGUAACUGAUAAAACAUUUAGAUUUCAUACUAUUAUUGUAUAUGAUAUCUGAAAGACAUAGAAAUUCAGUAUACUUUACCAGACAUUGUUGUGUUUGUCAUAAUAGAUAUUAAUAAUUAAUAAGUUAAGUUUUUUAUGUUUCAUAUUUCAACAUUAAUAAGUAGAUACUCAAUAGAUGGAAUUAAUGAUAUGUGUGUUAAAAUUUUCACUUUCCAUAUAAAGUAGUUGUUGGCUUUUAACUUUUCACAUUUUCAUUUUCCUUACUAGAAUGACUAGGCCAAUUUCAACCAAACUUGGCACAAUACAUCCUUGGGCAUUUUCCCCCUCAAGAAGCCCAUAGCUAAAUUGCAUGGUCAAAAUGUAAUACAUUUGUAAGACAGUGUGGUGUUUUCCUAAGUAGAUAUAUUAUUUCAUUACUAUAUGAAACAUAUUAUUUAAAAAAGCUGUAAUUUAAGUAGCUCAUAAAGAUUAUCACAUGCCUUUAUUUUUAACCUGCUUUAAUUUAUGUAUAAUUUGAUAAUAUGUACAUAUCUCUAAGUUAUUCAUAGAUUAUAGAAUCAUUAUGGUCAUUAAUCUCAUCUAUGUACAUGUAUAUAAUGUAUUUGCUGAAUAUUCAGAUGGUAUGCAUUUUGUAUGAUAGUGGAUGACUAAGAGUAAUGAAAAUUAACAUCAGUUUGAAUGUACAUUUAAAAUAUGAAUUAUCAUGAUAAAUUAAAACUUAGUAGUUUAAAAAUUUAUGUGUGGAUUUUGGAGUGUUCGAUUAGUAUUCAACUACAAUGUAUUUUCAUUUUUUUUUUUUUCAUAAUUUUCUUGUGUGGAUAAGUGGUCAAUAUAUGGUAAUAUAUGAUUAUUUGUAUAUAGAUUAAUAUUUAUUAAAGGUUCUGUGUCACACAUAGGUACGCUUUGCAUUGCAUUGAUUUGAUAUUUGUUAUUAUUUUAUGUUUUUUGCAUUCUGUUAAGUUUUUGAAUAUUCAUAUGAAGUUUAUUCAGUCUAUGAUUUUUAAAGUAAUAGUCGAGUAAGAUAAAUCUAUUUAUCAAUUAUAUACCAUAUAGUAAAUCAGUAGCCAAAUUUGAAGUUCAUUUAUAAUCUAUCAUUUCUAAGCACUGUUAAAGUAAAGGUGUUGAUUGUAAAUUGUGCUUGGCAAAUGAGUUUUUGUUGUUGAUUUUUUAUCUUUUAUAUAUAUAUGUAUGUAUGUAUGUAUGUGUGUGUGUGUGUAUGUUUGUUUGUAAAUGUUAUAUAUAUGUUCAGAGCUGGAAAAAAUAUAAAUUAACUCAUGUGUUAAACAUU